GAGAGAGUUGAAGGUUUUACAAGAGGGAAGGUUAUUUUACCAUGUAGGUACAAUGUGAUGCCUAUUGAAGAGGUCACCAUAUUUUGGCGAUACAAGGAUGACCGUAAUGUCUACAAUAUUGUCAGUGGAAAAGCAGACUUGACAGACCAAGACCGUCAGUUCAGAGACAGAACCAGGAUGUUCCCUGAGGAAUGGGCAAAGGGCAACUUCUCUCUCCUACUGACUGAUCUCAAGGACAGCGAUAGUGGGAGUUAUUCAUGUUUCAUACAAACAAUGAACAUUCUUCGUCAAGUGGAACUUUCGGUUCAAGGUUUGCAUUACAACCAAGUUUAACAUACAAUUAAUUGAGAAUGGUCAUGAUUCAGCCUUUGCUUAUCUAUAUCUAUACAGUAUUGAAUUUCCAUUAACAGUUUUAAGAAGUUGAUGAUACUGUAUGAUAACUCUUAAGUAAAAUGCAUUGUUAUUUCUUUUACUGCAUUGUUGGUUAAGGGCUUGUAAGUAAGCAUUUCACGGUAAGAUCUACACCUGUUGUAUUCGGCGCAUGUGACAAAGAGAAUUUGGUUUGAUUUGAUUUGAAAUGUCCCUCUUUAUUUUACAGAGAAACCAACUCCUGAGCCUAAAGUUGAUCCUAGGAGCAGCAGCAUGAGUAUCAGAGAGCUGAACCAGAGCCUCUUCCUGUUUCUCCUCCUCAGUCCAACUCUCCACUUCCUUUGACUUACAGCACAGAAAUUGGUCUUUGUGCCACUUAUGAGACUGUCGACAAGUUCUGA